CUUAAAAAAACGAUUUUUCCGACCGUACAUGAAGUCAGCAGCCCUUCUGAUACGAACGUGAGGAGCGUUUCCUUCUGUUCCCACUGAGGCGACGGGGACGUGGGACGGGAUGAAGACAUGAAGUGGAGAACAAAAGACGAAUAUGUGACCAGAGUAGGAGCUGCGAUCUAGAAAAGUGGUAUUUCCUUAUAAAACGACAAGGAAAACAUGGCAAAUGGAAGUUCUCCAGAUGCGGCUCACAGGGCGCACAUCUUGGAAAACCCUCUCCGGACCUAUCUCCUGGGAAUCAUUAUCUCCAUAUGUGGGAACAUCCUCAUCAGCAUUUCACUCAACAUACAGAAAUAUGCCCAUGUGCGUCAGUCCCAGCGUGGAUCGAAGCCCUACUACACCUCUGGGACGUGGUGGUGCGGCGUGGCUCUCAUGGGUUUCGGGGAACUGGGGAACUUUGCUGCCUACGGCUUUGCCCCAGCAUCACUCAUAGCCCCGCUAGGCUGUGUGUCUGUCAUAGCGAGCGCUGUGUUAUCCGUGGUUUUCCUGAAGGAGACAGUGCGUGCCUCUGACAUUGUUGGUGGCACCCUGGCAAUAACAGGAACGUAUGUCCUGGUGAACUUUGCCCCCCACACUACCAUACACAUUACAGCCCAUCUGGUACAGUACUACGUGAUGAACUGGCACUUCCUGCUUUACCUUUUACUAGAGAUGCUUCUCUUUUGUUUCCUGCUCUAUCUGUACAAGAUGAGGAAUGUGAAGCACAUCGUCAUUGUGAUGCUGCUGGUAGCUCUGCUAGCUUCUCUGACAGUUAUCUCAGUCAAAGCGGUGUCAGGGAUGAUCGCAGAGUCAAUAACAGGCCAGCUGCAGCUCAUCUACCCCAUCUUCUACGUCAUGGGUGUCAUCAUGAUUGUCUCCUGUGCCUUCCAGAUCAAAUUUCUCAAUCAGGCAAUGAAAAUGUUUGAUGCCACAGAGGUGGUUCCUAUCAACUUUGUGUUUUUCACCACAAGUGCCAUUGUUGCAGGGAUAGUAUUUUACGAGGAAUUUGAAGAAUUGGCUUUACUAAACAUUUUUAUGUUUCUUCUUGGUUGUCUUCUGUCUUUCCUUGGAGUUUUCCUGAUCGCCCGAAACAGGCCAAAAAUAAAGCUACAAAAUCCCAAUUGUAUCUCAAUGGAUAAGAUUCCUCGGAGAAGUCACACAGACAGAGUGCAGCCCGAGGCGCAGACAUACGGAUCGCUGGCUGCCAAACUCAUGUGCAACAGAGCUGGCCAAUCAGACGAUGCAUAGGACCAGGACCAUCUGUUGGGAGUGUAAUGUUGGUGGAUUUGUGUGUGAAUUAUUUUUCCUGUGAACUUGAAAGAUAUCUUUCUAAAAUUAAAUGGUAGGCAUGAAUUCAAACAAUAGCUGAGUGGCAUAUUGAUGGCAACAUUGGUCUUUAAAAAUUGCCUCUUUAAAUAUCAGAGCCAUCUCUUGAGUUAACAGUUAUACCAGCAGUUAACAGUAGCUGAAGAGUAUUAUCUCAUUGUGGUGAAUCAGAGUGCAAAUUCCCUUCUAGCAAGUACAUUGUAUUUAUAAAAUAAAUCUCCAGCAGGCUAGUGUGACAAAUGGCUUCUAAUAUAGCACACAUGUAUAUAUUGAAAUCAAUUGUAUAAAUCUGCCUAUUUAGGAUCUGUUGUCAAUAAACAAGGACAAAAUCUGA